GCAGAUUUCAGCUAUUCUGCCUUGCGCCUGCACUCACAGGAUUGUGUCCAGUUCAGAGGUUUGGUGAGCAUUCCAUUCCAUCAGAGAAAGACGUUUCUGAUAUGGAUUCUGUUACCCAAUAGCUUUCCUUGAGAGUUCCCAGAAUAUGGCUCUCAGCAGUAGCGCACAACGCUGGUUUAGUGGCUGUAGAGGUUUUCGUCGUCAUUUGUCAUCCAAUUCUCACAGUGGCGUUGCGAUCGAAGAAAGGAGUGAAUUGAAGCUUUGGGUGUGGGGAAAGGGUGAAGUCGGUCAAUUAGGAAUUGGCGAUGAAGAAACUAGGAGAUCUCCCGCUGCAGUCGAUUCUGUGGCACUUCCGAACUCUGCUGUUCUUGCUACAACUCAAGGGUGCUUGACUGUACCUCCAUCAACAGACAUGAUCCAGUUCACGAGAGGAAAUGAUCCUUCAGACAAUACAUCGACGAGACACGUUAGUACAGAACAGGAUCGACAGGUGGGGAUUGCAUGUGGUCUCUUUCACUCUGGUCUUUGGACUAGUGGGAACGUUUGGCUCUGGGGUAAGGGCGGGGGUGGAAGAUUGGGACUGGGCUCAGAGCAAUCACAGUAUUCGCCCACUCAAUUGCCUGGUUUGACAGACGUGAAGAGUUUGGUCUUAGGAGGACUGCAUUCUGUUGCUGUUACAAAUGGAGGAUCAGUAUAUACCUGGGGCUUCGGAGGUUUCGGUGCUCUAGGUCAUGGUAGCUACUCCAAGGAAUUUUCACCGAGAAGAUUAAUCGGCGAGGACUGGAUGGACAAUGUUGUACAUGUGUCGGCUGGAGGAUCUCACACAGCUGCCAUCACUUCGUCAGGUGAACUGUACACUUGGGGACGGGAUGAAGGAGAGGGUCGAUUGGGACAUGGAAGAGCAGUUGACAUGGACGAGGGAGCAUUAUCAACUCCUUUGAAAGUGCAAGAUCUGAAUGUACCAGUAUCUGCUGUGGCAUGUGGUGGAUUUUGCACCAUGUCUUUGACUCCCGAUGGACAGUUGUGGAGCUGGGGAGGUAAUAGCAAUUAUGAGCUUGGAAGAGGUGACAGACGUGAUGACUGGAGGCCCAAACCGAUUCCAGCUUUACAGAAUACACGGAUUGUUCAGGUCGCAUGUGGUGGUUAUCAUGCGGCAGCUCUAACUGAAGAUGGGAACGUUCUGACCUGGGGUCAUGGCGGCCAUGGUCAGCUUGGUCACGGGGGUCUUGAAAGCAGCAAAGUGCCGUCAUUUGUUGAGAGCCUUGGAAAUCAGAGAGUCGUGUCAAUAGCUUGUGGUGGUGCAUGGACUGCCGCUGUCACUGAGUCAGGAGAGCUGUAUACUUGGGGAAAAAACCGUGAUAGUCAGUUGGGUAUACCGGGACUAAUGGAUGCUCAGAUGGCUCCCGCUUUGGUCGAAACUGGAGAAGAAUCUAAGCAGGAGAGUAUGCGAGUUAUUGGAGUUUGUGCGGGAUCCACGCAUGGCAUGUGUUUAGUGCGUGUAGGGAAGACCUGACAACAAAAGUAGUAGUGACGAAAUUUGGGUUUCAUGCCAUCGUCUUCUGCUUAGGAAGCAUCAUCACUGUGGGUUCAUCGGACUGUUGUAGCAGUCAAGUUCGAAGUUUUGUCGUCGUUGCAGCACAUAUGGAGCUGAAUUCUAUAUUACGUCUGCUUUAGAAUUCAAAAUCAAAUAUCAUAUUGGAAUAAAAUAUCAAAAAGGGUAUCAUGUCCUGC